UUAUUUAGUUCUCCAUGUUUAAAUCCUCAGGAAGAACGCUGUAUUAGGUUACGGGCUGCAAAGCAAUAUUAACUUAAUUACUUCGAAAUGAUCGUUUGAGUUGUUCCGCCACCGUUUUAAUGACCAGCAGCGGAACUAUACAUAACAGUCUUUGUAUGACACGGGACUAUUAGGCAGCGAAACCAGAUCCGUAAACAAACGUAACGCUAGCAACUGCUGGGACAACCCAAACACAUGUCCCUAGGGCGGCUUCAGGAGCUCCAGAAAUAUGUUUAAGAACACGUUUCAAAGCGGAUUCUUGUCAAUUUUAUAUAGCUUAGGCAGCAAGCCGCUUCAGAUAUGGGAUAAGAAGGUGCGGAAUGGCCACAUCAAGAGAAUCACAGACAACGACAUCCAGUCCUCAGUGCUGGAGGUCGAGGGGUCCAACGUGAGCACCACCUACAUCACAUGCCCUGCUGACCCUAAGAAAACACUGGGCAUCAAGCUUCCCUUUCUGGUCAUGAUCAUCAAGAACCUGAAGAAAUAUUUCACAUUUGAAGUCCAGGUGUUGGAUGAUAAAAACGUGCGGCGGCGUUUCCGUGCCAGUAACUACCAGAGCACGACGCGGGUGAAGCCCUUCAUCUGCACCAUGCCCAUGAGGCUCGACGAGGGCUGGAACCAGAUCCAGUUCAACCUGUCCGACUUCACGCGCCGCGCCUACGGGACCAACUACGCCGAGACGCUCCGUGUGCAGAUCCACGCUAACUGUCGCAUCAGAAGGGUGUAUUUCUCUGACCGCCUGUACUCUGAGGACGAGCUCCCAGCAGAGUUCAAGCUCUACCUGCCCGUCCCCAACAAAGCAAAGCAGUAGAGCUUUGGAACAUGCUCUCUCCGCCCCCCCCCCCCCCCCCAUUCCAGAUUUCAAUAUUACUAAAGUGAGAUUCUCUCCAUUUAAACUGUUUUUUGUGUUGUCCUAACUGUGAAUUACAUUUUUAUUGUCAUUUUUUUUGGAUCAAUAAAGGAUUUUUAUGAUGCAA